AUGGAGGGGCUUUCGUGGAGCAGGAAGCUCGCUGUCUCGCCGCCGAAUAAGACUCUGAAGCUCACCGGAGACAAGAUCACCUUGCCUCAAACAGCUCUUGAACAGAUACUCGCUGCCGUCCGAACUAUCCCGUCUUCUACGCAGGAAAAUCCUUUUUCUGUCGACCUCAACUCUCACAGUUCCAUCGGUGGCAACGACGCACGACAACAAGACCUCCCCCAUCCUCUGACGUUCCGCCUCGUUAACCCUAUUAAUGGGCGAGUGGUGCAUUCGGGAAUCAGGGAGUUCUCUGCUAAUGAUAAUGAGGUCUCCUUGAGCUCGUUCCUUCGUGAAAGCCUUGGUAUAGAGGACUAUAGCUUUGAUGUUGAGCCAGACGCCACCCAGACAGGCACGCUACCUGCGAUCACGGUUCACAUUACCCAACUUCCUAAGGGAUCUUAUGUACGAUUGAGGCCACUAGAAGCAGGAUAUGAUGUAGAAGAUUGGAAAGCCUUAUUAGAGCGGCAAUUGCGGGACAAUUAUACAACACUCUCCGUGGGGGAGGUUUUGACAGUUGUGGCCAACAGAAGUGAGACUAUGCAGUUCCUCAUCGACAAGGUACAGCCAGAAGGGAAUGCAAUAUGUAUUGUUGAUACGGAUUUAGAGGUGGACAUAGAACCCAUGGAUGAGGAUCAAGCCCGGGAGACUUUGAAAAGGAGGCUUGCAAAGAAAACUCGAGCGCCUGAAAACGGUGCGCAAAGUUCAAUCGGUGGUAAGAUCACAGAUGGACAGGAAAUCAAUGGCCAAGUGCUUCCAGGAGACUAUGUGGAUUAUGAGCUUGAGACCUGGGAAUGGUCAAAGCGUUUAAUCUUAGAACUGGACCUUGAUAAUGAUGAGGUGGCCGUUGAUAUCUUUGCAUCCCCAUUUUCAGCCAGGCAAAGAGCUCGGCCUCGCAGAGACCAACAUGUAUGGGGAAAUUUCUCGACCAACUUUCCGAAAAUGAUCGAGAUCAAACCUACGAACGUGGAACCGCACGAUGUGGAUUGUUUAUAUGUUUCGAUUUAUGCAUCUCAUACGCAGCUGAGAGGGCAGAAUGGUUCUACAAAGCCAAGCCACACGCAGCCGAUUGGGUUCCAGCUACGGGUAAACACCUCUGCUAUACCUAAUGCUGCAGCGGAAGCGGGUGGUCUAGACCAAAAUGCUCGUGGCUCUGACGAAACUCAAUGCGCAAAUUGUCGUCAAUGGGUUCCAAAAUCAACCAUGGUCCUGCACGAGAAUUUUUGUCUUCGAAACAAUGUGGUGUGUCCUAAAUGCGAGAAAGUGUUCCAGAAACGAUCGCCCGAAUGGGAAAACCAUUGGCAUUGUCCCCAUGAUGAUUCAAAUGGAAGCGGGGCUGCGAGUCAGGAUAGACAUAACAUUGUAUUCCACUCCGCCCAUACCUGCCAGGAUUGCAAAUAUGUCUGCCGCAACCUUCCAGAUCUAGCCCAGCAUCGGACUACAGUAUGCCCUGAGAAGCUGAUACUGUGCCAAUUCUGCCAUCUUGUUGUUCCCCAAAAAGGUGAAUCAGACCCAGACGUCCUAGAUCCAGAAGUAGUCCUGUCCAACCUCACUCCACACGAGUUGGUUGAUGGUGGAAGAACAACAGAUUGCCAUUUGUGUCACAAAAUUGUUCGCCUUCGGGAUAUGAAUACCCAUUUACGCCAUCACGAACUUGACCGAGUCUCGCGGCCUUCCCCACAAAUAUGCCUCAAUGUCAACUGUAGCCGGACAAUUAAUGGUCCGAGCUAUAAGGAAAGAGAUUUGACGAAUGAUACCCUUGGACUUUGCAAAGUUUGCUUCGGCCCUCUAUACGUAGAUGUUUAUGACCCUGAGGGUAAGGCACUCCGCCGUCGUAUUGAGCGGAAGUACCUUUCUCAAAUGCUUACUGGAUGUGGAAAACCAUGGUGCCGCAACAAAUACUGCAAGACUGGCCGUGCCAGUUUAAAGAUUGAUCCUGGGGCUACACUUGCUUCUAAAGAGAUCCUUACAAUGAUCAAGCCAUUGGUUGAAGGCGUAUCUAUUGGACCUACUGUUGUUAAUACCUCGCCUCUGUAUUUCUGUACAGACGAAGUUACCGGAAGACGGAGAGAACUAGCUGAAAUUUUGGCAGCCGAAGUCGUUGCUGACGCGGGCUCCCGUACAGAAAGUUACGAAAUAGAAUGGUGCAUAGCAGCCAUGGAGUCCACCAGCGGAGACCCAUUCAAGGCUCGAGAAUGGCUUCAAAACUGGGCUCCGAAGAAAGGAGAGACAUAUACGAGCUCAUCUUGA